CGGCUACGAUAUCAAAGAAUCAUCCAUUCACUCAUGUUUGCAAUAUUGCUCUACACGUAUACAUGUAGAAAAUGGAAGUCGUUGACUAGGGUCCGCCGUUCGAUUUUCAGGAUGUUGUCACAGUUCUACAGCAAAGGUUGAACCGAGAUCCUAUAGUAAUAUGCGUUCAUUUCAUUAACCUCCUCCUUGAGCUUCUUGAACUCCUCCUUGAACUCCCUGAACUCCUUGAACUCCUCCCUGAACUCCCUGAAUUCCUGCUUCAACUCCUCGUGCUCCCGCUUUAUCUCCUUGUUUGCCUGAAACAAUAUUCAGCCACUCAUAUUGGCGUCACGGUAAUAUUGAGAAUGGCACACCGCUUCCAUUUUGGCCUCCCGAGCUACUACACGCAUCAUACGACUCGGUUCAACAGUAGCGGCCGACAUGCUAAGUUAUCCUGUCACUUGCAUCUUCUACCCCUCAUUGAUUCUAAUCGGCUCGUGCUUCUCAACAAUAUUGCUGCCGGCCUUCAUCGCAGUUUCGAGCAGCGAGGUGUUCCGUCUGACCUUGAUGAAGCCAUUGAAAACAAUCGGGCUGCACUACUGCUCUGCCCACCUGAUCAUUCUGAUCGAAUCCGACCUCUUAACAACAUUGCAGACGGCCUUCGAGACAGGUUCCGGCAUCGGGGCGUCCUAUCUGACCUUGAUGAGGCCAUUAACCUCAGUCGGGCUACACUACCACUCUGUCCACCCAGUCAUCCUGAUCGAUGCAUCCUCCAAGAAAAAUUCAAGCAGCGAGGCGUCCCAUCUGACCUUGAUGAGGCCAUCGAGUGCGAUCGAGUUGCACUACUCAUCCGUCCACCAAAUCAUCCUGCUCGUUUUGAUUCUCUCACCAAUCUUUCCCUCGGCCUUCGAGAUAGAUUCGAACAGCGGGGCGUCCCAUCUGACCUCGAUGAGGCCAUUGAGCUCAGUAGGGCUGCACCAUUACUUUGCCCGCCCGGUCAUCCUGAUCGAUCCAUGUUUCUUCUCAAUCUUGCCUUGAGCCUUGAAGAAAGAUUCCGGCAGCGGGGCAUCCCAUCCGACCUUGAUGAGGCUAUCGAGCAUAAUCGGGCUGCACUACUCCUCCGUCCACCCGGCCAUCCUGAACGAUCCUCGUCUCUCAACAAUCUUUCCCUCAGCCUUGGAGAAAGAUUCACGCAGCGGAAUGUCCCAUCUGACCUCGAUGAGGCAAUUGAACAUAAUCGGGCUGCACUACUCCUCCGCCCCCACGGACAUUCAAAUCGAUCCAUGUCUCUUAAUAAUCUUGCUACCAGCCUUCAAGACAGAUUUCGGCAGCAUAGGAUCAUGUCUGACCUUGAUGAGGCCAUCGAGCUUCAUCGGGCUGCAUUACUCCUCCAUCCUGCUGGCAAUCCAGGUCGACCCAUGUCUCUGAACAAUCUUGCUACCAGCCUUCGAGACAGAUUCUUGCAGCGAAACAUGAUGUAUGACCUUGAUGAGGCCAUCGAGCUCAAGCGGGCUGCAUUACUCCUCUAUUCCCCCGGUCAUUCAGAUCGAUCCUCGUCUCUGAGCAAUCUUGCACUCAGCCUUCAACACAGAUUCCGGCAACGGGGCGUUCAUGUUCGUCAUGGUGCGCUGACGACUGCGGUGGAGCUGGUGGAGCAAGGUCGUGCAGUAUUCUGGAACCAGUUGGCACGCUUCAGCACACCACUCGAUGAACUUUCUGUUUCAGGUGACACCGGCGCGGCCCUGGCAGAAGAGUUCAAACGGCUGAGUUUUCGUUUUCGCAGCGCAUUCGAUCAGUCUGCCGAAACCCACUCUCCGCAAAUCUGGCAACUGACCAUGCAAUGGGAUGAAGUUGUCUCACGCAUUCGCAUGCUCCCCGACUUUUCACGUUUUCUCCUGCCUCCACUAUUUUCUGACCUCCAGAAGGCAGCUGAAGAUGGUCCAGUGAUCAUCCUCAAUGCUAGUCAGCACAGCUGCGAUGCCUUGAUUAUCCAUAGAGUGGAAGAUCCUGUUCAUGUUCCGCUUGACAUUACACAAGCCGAAGUGUCCGAGUUCUCCUCCGAGUUCCAGUUACUCGCAGAACAGUUUGGGUCUUCUGAUUGUCAACUCAAGCUUGUCAGCAUCCUUCGCAAGCUUUGGAAUGAUAUCGUUGACCCGGUGGUCCAAGCUCUUAGGGAGUCAAAUGUUUGCCCCGGUUCGCGUAUCUGGUGGUGUCCCACUGCUGAAUUCACGCUGCUUCCUCUCCAUGCAGCAGGACCAUACGAGAAGAAGAAAAAUAAUUUGUCUGACAUCUACAUCUCCUCUUACACCCCCACUUUGGCGACUCUCAUUCGUGCGAGACAGCAGGUUUCUCGAGAUGCGUCCUCGCAACAUUUUGUUGCCAUCGGUCAAGGCAACCCGGUCAAAGGGAAGGAGCUCGAAUGUGUUGCUCCUGAACUAGCCGUCGUCGCUCAGCACGUUGCGCCCAUCGUGUCCUUCACGCUCUUCGAGGAGGGCAACGCAACAGUCGAGGGUGCACUCAAUGCACUCAAUCAUUAUCAGUGGCUCCAUCUCGCUUGCCAUGGGAUGCCGCACCGGACACAACCAUUCCAGUCUUCCUUCGCCAUGCGCGACGGGCCAUUGAUGAUCAAGGAUAUCAUCCGAUCAGACUGGCAGAAUCGAGAGUUUGCAUUCUUAUCGGCUUGCCACACUACUGUGGGCGAUGAGAAGAGUCCCGACGAGUCGAUUCAUAUUGCUGCGGCUAUGCAAUUCUGCGGAUUUCGCAGUGUCAUAGGUUCGAUGUGGUCUGUCGAUGAUGAUGUUGCGCGCCAGUUUGUGUCUGCUUUUUAUGGCCACCUGGUUGAUGGUUCAGGGAGCUUGAACUGCACGCGGGCUGCAAUAGCGUUGCACAAGGCCGUGAAAUCGUUACGCAAGAUCAACAUUCCAUUAGAACAACAAAUUGUAUUUGUUCACAUAGGUAUCUAG